GGGGGGAAGGGUGAAAUAUGUAAAGAAGAAAAAGGGAAAGUUUCUUCGCGGCUGGCAGAACCUGGAGUUGGUAAAAAAACCCACGAUUGGUCCGUGACCUCGAAGAUUACGUAAUAUUGGUUCCCACCUGUGAACACCAUCUCUUGCGCCGCUCUGCGGCUGCUGCAUGCUGUAACACGGUAGCAUUUAUCAAGAUGCAAGCCCUGACUGAAAACCUCCUUGGGGGACCUCGUGCUGGCCUCUCAGGCCUAUAGAUGACACGUAAGAAUAUGCAUUGUUUCUGAGCAAGGAACAGUUCUCUUGUCUUCCAAGGGCGAGGAACAGGCCGAGCUGACGUGGAGCAACGGAUCGGAAUUCAUGGAAGUGGGAUGCUUGCUGCGGCGCACUCGCUGAGCUCUACCUUGCUGUUUCAACACAAGUACUUGUUCCACGGCCAGCCAGGCAAAACAAGACACAUAGGGCCACAUUUCUGCUCCUCUUCAUCAUCCCCCGGGCAUUGAUUCCAUGACCAAUUGCUAAAAUCUGCCCCGGAAGCCAUGUCCUCUUCUUCCGCGCCGAAGGGCAGCUCUGUCCAAUCAACAGCACCAGUUCCCGCCUCGACCGCAUCUUCAAACACCACUCCUAGUAGGAAGAACAGGAAUAAGAAGAAGAAAAAUACCAACAACAAUAAUAAUAACACCAACAACGGCGGGAAGGGUAGCAACGGGAACAACAACAGCAGCAGCGUAGCAGCGCAGAAGCAACAACGAGAGCCACCACCAGGAGAAAAGGAUGGCGUUGAGAGCGCCCGGUCUCAAGAGCCAGAAACUCUGAAUGCGCCAGGCAGCCCCUUGUCCCCGCCGCCAGAUAAGCUCGAGCACACCUUUCCGCUAGCAGACGAGGCGCUCGAAUCUGUGAAGCCAGAAGACGAACCCGAGAAAACAGUAGAGCCGGAGGAAGAGCCCGAGCCUGAACAGCUAGAGGAGGAACCCCCAGCCAACGGUCAUGCCGACACAAACGGCUACCAACACAAACCAACAGAGAAAACGACGACGCCCCCGCAACCACCCAGCAACACCAAACUGGAAGCCACCAUGUCCUCCUCACCAGAUAACUCGGCUCUCCAAGAAGAGGUAGAGAAGCUUCGCCAGCAAUUGGAAGCUCAGUCAACAGAGAUUACCCAGCUGAAAGCCGACCUCGAAGAAUCCGAAUCCGCCAAGGACCAUGCGGAAACCCAAUACCAGACCCUUCUCGGUCGCGUUGAGAAGAUCAAAGAGACCCUCGGCGAGCGCCUCAAGCGCGACAAGGCUGAGCUGGAAGAGGCGAAGGACCGGGUGGAGGAAUUAGAAGCGCAGAAUGACCAGCUCACGCAACAGAUUGAGUCCCAAAGGGAGGAGACGGAGCAGCUGAAGCAAGAGGUUCAGGAACAAGGGCGGGAGUUGGCAAGCCUGAGAAGCAGAUCCAAUCUGUCUCAACAAAAUUGGCACAGGGAAAAAGAUGACUUGGACAGGCUGGUCAAGAAGCUAAGAGAAGAACUGGAAAGCACAGCCACCGCGAUGGGAGAAUGGGAGGUCAUCGCCAUGGAAGAACGCUCCCAAAGAGAACUCCUCGCCGAGAAAGUCUCCGAGUUGGAAGAGGAAUUGCUCUCCACAAAAGAAGGCUACGAAAGAGCCGUCGGGGACCGAGACGUCCAAAGCCAAGCGGUGGAUAGACUUCAGCGAGCCCUCCAAGAGAUCCAAGACGCUCGCAAGAAGGAACUCCGGGACAUUGUCGAAGCAAAUGAAGAGCUCGUCCAAUUCCUCAAGAAGCGAGUUCAGGAAGCCGAGCAAAAAGCCAACGAGGCCGAAGCAGCCAGGGAAACCCUCUCCAAGGAACUCGAACGGACCGCCUCCUUUGAAAAGGAGGUCAAGGAAAAGAACCUUCUCAUUGGCAAACUUCGUCACGAAGCCAUCGUUCUAAACGACCACCUGACCAAGGCACUGAAGUACAUCAAGAAGACGAAGCCAGAGGAGAUGAUCGACAAACAACUAGUAACAAACCACUUCCUCCAAUUCCUCACCCUCGACCGCUCAGACCCCAAACGCUUCCAGAUCCUGCAGGUCAUGGCCGGCUUUCUCGGGUGGAGCGAGGAACAGCGCGAAAAAGCCGGUCUCUCCCGCCCUGGCGCUUCAGGAGGUUUGCGCCUUCCCACCUCACCGUUCCAUCGCACGCCUAGUUCGCCGGCGUUGAACAGCGAGUUUUUUGCUGACCAGAACGCUUCGCUUGCGGGGGCGACACCCAAAGAAAGAGGGGAGAGCUUGAGCGACCUUUGGGCGAGCUUUUUGGAGAGGAGCGUGGAUGAGGCGGGUGUGGGUGGGGGAGGCAAGGGGUCGAGGAAGGAUAGUGCUAGUAGUGCGGGGACGAGGCCGGGUGUCUAAAUCUCGUGAGAGAAGAAGGGAAGCGGGUGGGAAAGAUAACAAUAUAUAACUUAUUGGUAGCUGGUUUGUAUAUAGGCAUCCAUGAAACGGAGGAGGGUAGUUAUAGUACCA